CUGGCGGCGCGCGGCGCGGCCCCCGCCAAGGGGCUGCUGGCGGCGCAGUGCGAGCGCGGCCUCUUCCAGGAGGUGUUCCCGGCGCGCGGCGCGCAGGAGCAGCUGCCCGCGCUGCUGGCGCCCGGCCGCCCGCCCAUCACGGCCUACUGCGGCUUCGACCCCACGGCCGACUCGCUGCACGUGGGCCACCUGCCGGCGCUCAUGGCGCUGCUGCACCUGCAGCGCGCGGGCCACCACGUCAUCGCCCUGGUGGGCGGCGCCACGGCGCGCCUGGGCGACCCGAGCGGGGGCCGCGAGCCGCUGCUGCGCUUCGCGUGCGGCGCCGGCGGGCGGCUGCGCAUGGGCGCGCUGCUGAGCCGGCAGGGCUGCCAGGCGCGGCUGCGCAGCGCCGAGGGCAUGAGCCUCGCCGAGUUCCUGUACCCGGCGCUGCAGGCCUACGACUUCCUGCACCUGCGCCGCCGCCACGGCUGCCGCCUGCAGAUCGGCGGCGCCGACCAGAUGGGCAACAUCAUGUCCGGCUACGAGCUCGUGAGCAGGGAGACAGGAGAAGAUGUGUUUGGAAUCACUGUGCCUCUUAUUACGAGCACCACUGGAGACAAACUGGGAAAGACUGCUGGUAACGCAGUGUGGCUGAACAGAGAUAAGACUUCUCCAUUCGAGCUGUAUCAGUUUUUUGUCAGACAGCAAGAUAGCAUAGUUGAGAAAUACCUGAAACUCUUCACCUUCCUUCCCCUUGAAGAGAUUCGCCACAUCAUGGAGAUGCAUGCUAAAGAACCCGAGAAGUGGGGCCCUCAGAAGCGACUCGCUGCAGAAGUAACUAAGCUUGUGCACGGCAGAGAAGGGCUGGAAUCAGCUAAGAGGUGUACUAAAGCCCUGUAUCACAGCAGCGUGGAGGCCUUAGAAGCCAUGUCUGACCAGGAGCUACAGGAGCUCUUUAAACAAACGCCUUCUGCUGAACUGUUGCUUGAGCCCGGCACGAGCGUGCUCGACCUGUGUCGCAAGGCAAACGCCAUUCCAGCCGGACCCAGCGGGUACCAGAAAAUCACAGACGGUGGAGUUUCAAUAAAUGGGAUUCGAGAAACUAAUCCUGAGGCCGUUCUUGUUGUGGGACAGCAUAUUCUCAAGAACGGAGUAUCACUGCUUAGGAUUGGAAAGAAAAAUUACUACAUUAUAAAGUGGCUGCAGUUGUGACUACAGGUUCUCCCUGUAAAAUAAGGUAUCGUUUAGGCUCUGUUGUCUGCAGAUGUUUCUGUACAGUGUACAUUACUGUACAGCUCACAAAAACUGCCUUGGGAAAAACUACCCCAGGGUAGUUUUUCU